AUGGCUGUGCCUUCUCUUCCUCCAGGUGCCACACCUGUUGGCCAGCCCCGGUCACCCCUCCCGCCCCGCGGCCCUCGAUCCCGAGCCGGUCUUGGGGAAACGCGCCCGCCUCCCCGGGGGCCUCCGAGCCCGGGCUGCGCGCACCGAAGGGUUAAGGGCGCGGACCGGCCGCCGCGCUGUGCGCUCGCUGUGCUCAGAGCUGCUCGCCCCGCCGCCCGCCGGAGGGAGGAGGAGGAGAGAGCAGAGUAUACCGCAGACAUCAUUUCUACUACAGUGGCGGAGCCGUACAGGACCUGUUUCACUGCAGGGGGAUCCAAAACAAGCCCCGUGGAGCAGCAGCCAGAGCUACAGCAGCCGCAAGACACUGUUUCUCUCCCUCUGCCCCCCCUUCCCCACGCAACCCCAGAUCCAUUUACACUUUACAGAGGAUCGUGCAGCAAAUCACCAGGGUGGUCCAUUCAAGCUGCAGAUUUGUCUGUCAUCUUUGGACAGCAGGCUUUUCCUCCACAGCCACUGCAGGAAAGUGCGUCACCCAUCAGGUCACAGAGAGUGCUGGUGGACAUCUCUCCUUGCCCCAAGAUCUUCGGUGGAAGUCCACGGGACUUGGUGUCUGUGCCGUUCAAAGUAUAUAUGAACUCGCCAGGAGGCAUAAUGCGUCACCAUUUAAUUCUGGGCCACCCUAAAGGAUGACACCCAGCUUCAGAGACCACCUCUUGGACAUCAUCCCUGAGAUCCAGUGUUUUAGCUCCCCAUUGUCUGAAAUCCGUUUCUGACCGAGUUUGAGCUGCCUUAUAGGCUUAGGCAUUCAAUGGCCAGGACCAUGUUGCAGCUACACACCUUUUGUCCCUUUCAGAGCAGCAGCUCGCUCUGAGCUCUUGUUGAGUCUUUUACACAGAUAUGCUAGAAAACAGGCACCAACCCAUUCUUUCCGUCUUGGCAUUUGCCCACAAGCCUAGUCCUGGGAUGACCUGGAGCAGAGAGGCAGUGGAGGAUAAAUUCAUCUUGUACAGACUUGUUCCUGCUAGUUGUAGCCUGUCUCUCGCCACAGAUCUAGCUUUUAAAUCCUCAAGUGAUUGGUUUUGUGUAGGAAUGUGUGGAUUGUUGGAUCGCAAUAAUUUUCUCCCUGGAUUUCUAGUGUUUAUAUAAGCAGAUGUAUAUUAAAAAAGUUCUAUCAUUGGUGUA